CCUCACAUUUUCGUCAGAUAACGUUUUCCUCCUGCAUCUCUCUGCCCCUUUCUCUCUCCGUGCAUCCAUGGCCGAAGCUUCUACAUCACUCUACACCACACUUAUCCCACAUUUCUCACAAAACCCUUCUCCGUCGCGAAGAACUUCUGCUUUGCCAACGGCCCGCGAUAGGAAUUCAAUUCGUUGCUCUAUCUCCGCGACAUCCAAUGACAGCACGAGGGCCUUGGUAAGCGUAAGCCAGAAAAUUCCUUGGGGUUGUGACGUCGACUCACUGGAGAAUGCAUCAGCUUUGCAGAAAUGGUUAUCUGAAUCUGGUCUCCCGCCUCAGAAAAUGGCCAUCGAAAAAGUAGAUAUCGGAGAGAGAGGCCUAGUUGCUCUCAAGAACAUAAGAAAGGGGGAGAAACUGCUCUUUAUACCUCCAUCUCUUGUUAUCACGGCAGACUCGGAGUGGAGCUGUCCGGAAGUUGGUGAAGUUUUAAAAAGAAAUUUUGUGCCAGAUUGGCCAUUGCUUGCAACGUACCUAAUCAGUGAAGCAAGUAUAAUGAAGUCUUCAAGAUGGAGCAAUUAUAUCUCAGCCUUACCUCGACAACCAUACUCACUUUUGUACUGGACACGCUCAGAGUUAGACACAUAUUUGGUAGCCUCACAAAUCAGGGAGCGAGCAAUUGAAAGGAUUACUGAUGUUACUGGAACGUACAAUGAUCUACGGCUUAGGAUAUUUUCCAAGUAUCCUCAUUUAUUUCCUGAGGAGGUAUUUAAUAUGGAGACAUUCAAAUGGUCAUUUGGUAUUCUCUUCUCACGAUUGGUCCGGUUGCCCUCAAUGGAUGGAAGGGUUGCGUUAGUCCCUUGGGCAGAUAUGCUUAAUCAUAAUUGUGAGGUGGAGACAUAUUUGGAUUAUGAUAAAUCUUCACAGGGAAUUGUUUUCACAACUGAUCAGCCAUAUCAGCCAGGUGAGCAGGUUUUUAUUUCAUAUGGCAAGAAAUCAAAUGGAGAGCUACUACUAUCAUAUGGAUUUGUUCCAAGGGAGGGAACCAACCCAAAUGACAUGGUUGAGUUGCCUUUGUCACUUAACAAGUCUGAUAAAUGUUACAGGGAGAAGUCAGAAGCCUUACGCAAGCAUGGGCUGUCAGUGUCACAGCGGUUUCCUCUGCAAAUCACUGGCUGGCCUUUGGAACUAAUGGCAUAUGCAUACCUAGUAGUCAGCCCCCCAAGUAUGCGUGCACAAUUUGAAGAGAUGGCUGCGGUAGCCUCAAAUAAAAGCACGUCUAAGAAGGACAUCAGAUAUCCAGAGAUAGAGGAGCAAGCCCUGCAAUUUAUUUUAGGUAGUUGUGAAUCAAGCAUAUCAAAGUACAACAAAUUCCUUCAGGGAAGCGGGUCUAUUGAUAUAGAUGUGGCAUCUCCAAAACAAGUGAACCGGAAAUUGUUUUUGAAGCAGUUAGCUGUGGACCUGUGUACUAGUGAGCGUAGGAUUCUAUUUCGCACCCAAUAUAUAUUAAGGAGAAGAUUGAGGGACAUGAGGAGUGGCGAAUUGAGGGCCCUUCGGAUAUUUGAUGGUUUCAGGAAGCUUUUUCAAUGAUUAAGAAAUUUAUGUGAAAGUUGUUUAUAUGAAAUUGGGUUGACUACAGUUCAUUUCCUGUUGUUUUACUUGAAAGUUUUUUUGAGUAUGUGUGUGGGUGAGUGGGGUUACUGAACAUAUAAUAUGUUCUGGGAUUAGUAAAGUAGCUUUUAUUAAA